UAUAUACAAUGCUACGCUUUUAUUUGUUACAAUUGGAUACGUUUUUAUAGUGAUUUACAUAAUGUAACAUCACCGAGAGUGAAUACCAUUCAUUCUAUUACCAGCCAUUCAUACGAGCACAGUUUACGGGACGCAAUGAGACGCUAUGGCGUACCAGGAAGGAGAGUCGCUGGAAUCCUGGCUCAACAAAGCCACACACCCAACUAAUAGGCAGGAAGACUGGGAGUACAUCAUUGGUUUCUGUGAUCAAAUCAACAAGGAACUGGAAGGACCGCAAAUAGCUGUGAAACUCCUAAUUCAUAAAAUCCACUCGCCUCAGGAAUGGGAAGCACUCCAAGCUUUAACGGUAUUAGAGGCAUGUACGAAGAACUGUGGGAAGAGGUUUCAUAACGAAAUAGCAAAAUAUAGAUUCUUAAAUGAACUAAUCAAAGCUGUUUCACCCAAGUACUUAGGAGAUUCUGUACCAGAGAAGGUGAAGACCAAAAUAAUAGAAAUCCUGUACAGCUGGACCGUGGCUUUUCCCAAUGAAACCAAAAUCGGUGACGCCUAUCAGACCCUGAGAAGACAAGGACUCGUCUCCUCCGACCCAGAGCUCCCUGCUGACAGGAUGUUGCUACCCUCUCCCCCGACACGUCCCAAAAACCCUGUGAUUGACAAUGAGGACAUGGGCAAGCUACUGGCGGAGCUGCUCAAGAGUAAGAAUCCAGAGGACCUUCAGGAGGCCAACAGACUCAUCAAGAGCAUGGUGAAGGAGGAUGAUGUCAGGGCGCAGAAAGUGACCAAGCGCAUCAAGACCCUGGAAGAAGUUACCAACAACGUCAAGCUGCUGAGUGAGAUGCUAGGUCACUACGACAGAGACAGGUCCUCUGAGGCAGAUCGAGAACUCAUCAGGGAGCUGUAUGAGCGCUGUGACAAACUGAGGCGCACUGCUAUUAAACUGGCCACUGAGACAGAGGACAACGACGCCAGUCUGGGUGAUAUAUUGCAGGCCAGUGACGAACUGUCCAAGGUGAUUAGUCUGUACAGGAAGGUUGUGGACGGGCAGACAGACAGUGAGGCAGACAUUGAGGACCAGAGACCAGCUGUCCCAGAGAGUAAUGCUGAGACUGAAGUCACAGAUACACUGAUUGAUCUGGCAGGCCUUGAUGCCACAAAUCCUCCGUCUCCUCAGUCAGUCCCGCCCCCACCGGUGUCUAAUCUCUCCCCAGCCAAACAGAUGGCCACCUCUAUUCCGGUCCUCCCACCUCCGCCUCGCCGAUUGGCCGGGCCUUCGGGCAGCCAUGUCAGUCAGACUGCGAGCCCCAGUCGACAGAUCGCCAAGCAGUCUGCCUCUCUCUCCCUGCUUGAUGAAGAGCUGCUAUCUUUAGGACUGAAUGACCCAGCCCCAGGUCAAACACAGAAGGCAGAUGACUUCUCCAAGCACCAGUGGACAUCCUUGCAGGUCACUGAUACUGGUUUGGAUCCAUUUGGCCUCCAGGCUUCAGGGUCUGUCUUCUCCACGGCACAGACCUCUGCAUCUGUCUUCCCCCCUACCACUCAGACCUUCACAAAUAGCGCCCCCUCUGGCCAUACUCUGCAAGACUUUUCCAUGUUGAACUUUGGGGAGCCUAAGAGGUAGGUUUAAACACUCUAGCAUUUAUUAGUUACUGUCAUCUUUGGUUUUAUUUUAUGUAUAUAUUAC